AUAUAUAGCGCCCGCCCCGAUCGGCCUAAGCUUCGCCCGCCUCCCGCCCGCCUUCCGCAUGCCCCCGAACCCGACGCCGCAGCGCCGCGCGCAGCAGCAGCAGCACCACCACCGCCCCGUCACCGCCGGCGGCGGCAGGAGCCAGGACGCGGCCAUGUCGGCUUCGGCGUGCGACGAGGAGGCGUUCCAGGAGGUGGACCCGACGGGGCGGUUCGGGCGGUACGCGGCCGUGCUGGGGCUGGGCUCCGUGAAGAAGGUGUACCGCGGGUUCGACCAGGAGGAGGGCAUCGAGGUGGCGUGGAACCGGGUGCGCCUGCGCGCGCUGGCGGAGCGUGACCCCUCCAUGGUCGACCGCCUCCACGCCGAGGUGCGCCUCCUCCGCUCCCUCCACCACGACCACAUCAUCGGCUUCCACAAGGUCUGGCUCGACCGCGACGCCGGCGUGCUCAACUUCAUCACCGAGGUCUGCAACUCGGGCAGCCUCCGCGAGUACCGCGACCGCCACAAGCACGUCUCCCUCAAGGCGCUCAAGAAGUGGGCGCGCCAGAUCCUUGAGGGCCUCGACCACCUCCACACCCACGACCCCUGCAUCAUCCACCGCGACCUUAACUGCAGCAACGUCUUCAUCAACGGCAACACCGGCCAGGUGAAGAUCGGCGACCUCGGGCUGGCGGCGAUCGUGGACAAGGACCACACGGCGCACACGAUCCUGGGCACGCCCGAGUUCAUGGCGCCGGAGCUCUACUCGGAGACGUACACGGAGUCGGUGGACAUCUACUCGUACGGGAUGUGCGUGCUGGAGAUGGUGACGCGGGAGAUGCCCUACGGCGAGUGCGAGAGCGUGGUGCAGAUCUACCACAGCGUCACCAACGGCGUGCCCCCCGCCGCGCUCCGCCGCCUCAGGGACCCGGAGAUGCGGGCCUUCAUCCAGCGCUGCAUCGGCAAGCCGCGCAACCGCCCCUCCGCCGCCGACCUCCUGCGGGACCCUUUCUUCCACGGCAUCGACGACGACACCACCGGCACGCUCAGCUAGCAGCUAGCCCCCGGUCGCGAGGGUGGAUCGGAUAAUGUAGCAGUGUUAACUUGUCCACGUUGUUGUUAGUGGUUAGCUAGUAGUAGAAGCACGACGCUGAGUCCAAAUGCUUGUUUGAUUUGUGCUCCAGCAAGCAAGCGAGCGAGCAAAAUGUGUAAAGAUUAUGAUGGUCUCGACGGAAUUCGCCUGGGCCAGUCUGUAUUCUUAUUGGCGCAAAAUGCAAGGUGAAUUGGGAUGC